GUUACCGGUAUCAUAGCACCCCGCCGCCUCCAUGCUUGUGCCCAGCCUGCACGUCGUACCCCAUGCCGACCGCCGUCUCUCAUAUCCAGCGCGUUGACGUCGAGACGUGCGAAGGAAGUCGGUCUUCUGAUGCAGGUCUGUUGAUGCACCACAUCAAGCUCCCCCGCACGCCCGUCUGCCUCAACGCGGUUUUGCGGGACACAAUUCAAGUCGAUUCACUCCCCAACUUUGCAGGUGCUCUUGUCGAACACGUCUGCAAGGGCAUCAAGUGCAAAGGACCUGGGUAAGUUCACAUCUCUGUCUCGAUCCAGCUCAGUGUGGUAUGACCACGAGCAGAGGAUGCUCCGUGUGGAGUACAAGAAGGUGGACAGUUGUCGGAUUCUGAGUCCGCCGUUGUUGGUGCCGUUGUUUGCGGGGUCGGCUGGCGCUGAUAUGACGACGGCAGCGUCGUCGUCAUUGUCACCGCAGAUGAUUGCGUGCGAGCUCCGCUGCAAUCUCGACACGGGUGGCGGCGCUGGACAUCACGCGGACCCGCCGCCGCAGACCGUGAUGUGUCUGCGGCAGCACCGGCUGUCCGCCGGCGGCAGGGGGCUGUGGCUGAGCCUGAUGCACGACACGAUGCUCGCGACCAAUGAGCGGCUGCAGAUACCCCGAGUCGCAGGCCAAGGUCGUCUUCAUUCAAGUCGCCCUGCAGACUGCCGAAUCC